UAAGAAUAUAUACAAUAAAUUGUAAACGACACAUUUAUUUGAAAAUUAUACAUAUUUUUUAAAAUGUUGACGUUAGGCUCGCGGAAUAAUAUCACAUGGCACUAAGGUCCCUCUUUACGGAGUUUUGUUGAAGGAUCUCAACAACUCCAAUCUUUCCGUUGUGAUUGGAUGGAAGGAUUGUUUAUUUACAACAAAUAAGACUUUGUCAAUCAUUAUACAAUGCCCAUACAGUCCCUGUGAAGUGAAGAUAAAAAUGUCAUAUAAAUUUGACACACCGCAGAGAAGAGUUGUUAAACAGCCUACCAAAUUUGAAUUCAUAAAAAAAAUCAAGUUUAUAAAACGAGGCUCAAAAAUCGUGAAAAAUAGCGCCCUCUGGCCGUCCCCGAAGAAUGUGCUGAAAAAACGCCCGCUGGACUCGUACCUGUUAUCAAAUAUGUUCCUGUACGAACGUAUGCACUCAAAUGUCUGUCGUUGUGAGCCACAGGCUGAAUAACGUAGGCCACUGUGUUUAAUAGUGCGCGGCAGUGACAUAUUGGACCGAGCCGACGGCAGUCGGCAAAAUACAGGGCUAGCGGGCUAGGCUAGCUAAGCUAGGCUACCUAGGCUAUAAUGAAGUUAUACUGUUUUACCCUAAUUUGAAGGCCUUUUUUUUUUUUAACUACUUUUUCUAUCGGCAACCGCACACAAAAAUGUUCCCUAAAAAGGCCACAUUUUCUGACACAGAAAAACCUCAAGUUCCCUGGAACCCAUCAUCUGAUUUCCAAGAUUCUUGCUGCGUGGUACUCAGGUCGAAGUGGCCAUUCCAGCCAAACUGAGCAUUUUCACAGACUGUCAUUUUGGGGAACUCUUGUCACAUUGCGACUAGUAUGACACACUAUUCAUUUUGUUUUACUCUGCAGUCAGGUUGGCAUUGCAUAUCAGAAUGUACUCAAUUGCCUAUAACCCUGAUAAAGGUUAAAUGAUCAAAAUGUGUGGCACUUGUCAAGGUGAAUCUGCGCAUUUCUCAAUUUGUCUCGGUAAGGCAACAGCAAAAGUCCCGUGGGAUAAGUUUGUGUUUUUGUGUGAAGUUCAUGUUUUGUUGGCUUUGUUCCUUGAACACAUUGAUUUUGUGUGCAAAUGCGUUAUAUAACUCUUUUAAAUUUGCAGGAAAAAAAGUUUCCAAUUACAAAGGGUUCGGUGAAUGCACGCAUGAAACUUUAGGAGUUCAGUACCUCCAACAAAGUUAAGAACACUGACCUAAUGGAAAGCAAUUGCAUACAUUCGAACUAAAUGAAUUUUGGUUAAUCCACAGCUUGUUAUAUUCAAAUAAUAUUCGGAAGUUUUAACUGAUUGAAUUCAAUCGGUUAUGCAAUUCACAGAUUUAAGGUGGUUUGAAGGAAUCUGAAUACAUGCAUGUUAUAAUUUAAAUAACAAUGAUGAAUUUUUCUCCGUGCUAAAAUUACUUGGGUGCAUUCUCGCCUCCUUUUUCACGCCCCAGAUAAAUGAAGAUAUUCCCCCCAAAGCAAAGCACUGCAGUAGUAAGGUUGACUAGUUCAGUAUUCAUCUUAAAGUGUGCUGAAUGGUUGAAUUUGACAUGCGCUCAUGUUGCCUUCUGGCAUAUUGGAGGAGCACGCGGAGUGACAUCGGUCCUGACGAGUCAACCGGCUGAGGAGGGGACACGCACCGUGUUGCUCACUCACUCGCACACUCACACGACCGCCGACAUGGCCGGCUGGGGCACCUUCUUCUUCUCCCUCCUCAACUACAAGACGGAAAAGUAUGUCAUCGCCGAGAACAGGAGGAUCGGAAUACUGUUUCGAAUCUACCAACUGGCCGUGCUGGGAUACAUAAUCGGACUCCAAAGAAACAGAUGCAGUGCUAUAUCGGACGGACGCCGCCGCAAACUACAACCGCAAUAAUGUUCAAUGAAUACUUCUUUGGCAGUGUCAAUACAAACUGAAGGCUAUUGACUUUGUAGACUAGACAGAAUAUGUCAUUCCGCACCUACUGAAGCAGCUGGUGGGUGUUUGUGAUGAGGAAGGGCUACCAGGAGAGAGAGGAGGCCAUCCAGUCGUCCGUCAUCACCAAGCUCAAAGGCGUCACGCUCACCAACAGCUCUGAGAGCGGCCUUCGCCUGUGGAGUGCCGAGGACUGUGUCAUUCCACCGAGUGGAGAACAGGUUUUCUUCGUGGUAACAAAUUACAUCGAGACCCCCGAUCAGAGGCUGGGCUUCUGCGCCGAGAGUUUCAAGGUACCAAAUGGCCAAUGCCUUAGCGAUGAUGACUGCAUCGAGGGGGAGACUGUCGUAGCGGGGCAUGGUGAGGACCGGUUACUGUCAAGAAUUACACUUAUUAUGACCUGUGGCAAAAUACGUCAUACUGGGAGUCCUCGGUUUACAAGGGAAUUCCAUUCUUACGGCGGAAUUAAAACAGGCUUGUGUAUAAACAGCACCGGGACCUGCGAGAUUCAUGCCUGGUGUCCUGUAGAAUACAGCAAGAGACCCGCAGUGCCGCUCCUGAGCGAAGCCGAAAACUUCACCAUUUACAUCAAGAACUUCAUCAGGUUCCCGAUGUUCGAAUUCUCCAAGUCCAACGUUCUCGACAGCGCUGAUGACAGCUACAUGAAAAGAUGCUCCUACGACCAAGUGAACCAUCCUUACUGUCCCAUCUUUCGCCUCGGAGAUCUGGUCAAACGGGCUGGACACGACUUUCAGGACAUGGCUGCCAAGGGUGGCUCUGUUGGUAUCCUAAUUGAGUGGAAUUGUGAUUUGGACAAGGACUACUCUCAGUGUAAUCCACAAUACAGCUUCACCCGUUUGGACAUCAACUUGAACAACUCUGUUACAUCGGGAUACAACUUCAGAUAUGCCAGAUACUAUAAGGAUCAAAAUGGGGAAACCUUUCGCACUUUGUAUAAAGUAUAUGGAAUUCGCUUUGACAUCAUGAUCAAUGGCCAGGCUGGAAAAUUCAAUAUCAUUCCCACAAUAAUUGCCAUUGGCUCCGGUGUUGCUCUUCUCGGAAUAGGAGCCUUUGUGUGUGAUAUGAUCCUGCUGUACAUGAUGAACACAAGCUCCUUCUAUCGAAACAAGAAGUUCGAGAUCAUCAAUUUCAAGAAAGAGCGGAACUCCAUCAGGGAGCGGAAGAGUCGGGAAAGGAAAUCCAGGAAAUUAGCGGCUGUCAACUCUAUGAAAGACACAGCGGAUAUUGAAGCCUUAGAGGCUCAGAACAAGCCAUCUGAGGACAAGCGGGGUCCCACCAUUCCACGCAACACGGGCCAGCGGUACGCCCUCGCUCGCCAGGGUGCGGAACCAAAGCAUCACAUCACAUUCGCAUCACGCAACUGAAAAUGCAAGACAGGUCUCAAGAGGUGGAACCCAAAAGUGGAACUCACUUCUCGCCUUAUUGACGUGACAGUCGCCUCGCCGCCUGCUCGAGUGAUUCUUUUGCCUCGACUGCAGAGAGACCAGCCGUGACAACUGCUGGCAAGACAAAGGGAAACGUGCUGUAUUCAUUGACAUUGUUUUAGCCAAUCGCUCCUUGACAGCCUAUUUUGCAUUGUGUUUCAUGGUGCCAAGCGACAUUGCCAGCUGGUCACCUGAGCUGUAGAAAUUCUCAUUCAAACUGUAUUAACCCUCAUGUUAUGUUGCUGGUCAAACUGAUCCAUUUUCAAGGCAAUUCGAAAAGAAAAUAGAGUGAAGCAGCGCCCUUGCGCCGCAAAAGGUCAUUCACUCCAGCAGCGGUUCUCUCAAAAUACUUCGCUAACUCUAAGUACCACCAUCAUGACCAACAUUAAAAUACUGUAGCGUAUUUAGUAGUGUUCAUCAAAAACAAAACAGCUUCUAUUCCUGAAGUAUAUUUAACAUUGUGAACCACUGUAACAUUAUGCACAGUUGGACCAUUAGCCUGCACUAAAAUAUAGGCGAACCCAAAUCAGCAUUUUAAUAAUUACUGUAUUAAAAAGCAUCGCAUAUAAAAAUUGCAGCUCAGUUUAAAGACAGUUCUUAAAGAUUAAACAGAAAUUCAUUGUAUUAAAAUGUUAAACACAACUGAACUCUACCUAGUGAUUCGUUCGCAAAUCUCUAAUCGCAAAUCUUGAGAAUCACCGCACUCGAGUAAGCCUCGGCGCCACGGCUCGGUCCCUACGCACGCCCCAGCGAGAGAAGAAGACAAAGUAGCCGUGUUUAUAAUGGCGGAAAACUGUUUCAAAUGCACAAUAUAUGCCACAAUCGAUGAUCCACCCCAAUACCUUUAUAGAAUUUCACUCAUCUUACAUUGCCCUUAAAAAUAAAUGGCUUACAGAUGCCACCACUCGGGAAUAACAUACACAACCGGCAAAGACUCUCCAUAACGUCUGCUAACAACCCAUGCUAAACUUCAGCAUCAAAGAUGUUCUCUCCGUUAAGAUGUAUCACUUCAGCCUGCUUCCUCAACUCCGCGUCCGACUUGAUUAGUCAGGGCUUUGGCACAAUCGUGUGGCAUCUUAGGGCAUUACAGAAAGAAAAACCCCAAACUUUUCCUAAUUUAACAUGCCCCAGGUCAAAUGGACCCAGCAACACUGUUGCUGUUCCUGAGAAAAUGAACAUAAGAGGGUUAACAAAGCUUCCUACCAUUUUUCCGAACUAUUCGUAGAAUUUACAGAAAAGUAUCAAUAGCUACUUGAUAUGACAAAGUUAAUCAAUGAUAUUCCAUUUUUUGGGCACUUUCUGAAGUUAUACAAGUAGAGCAGCAUCAACGCUGAUAAUUCUGAAACAUUUAUUUAAGUCAUAGGUGGGCAACGUUUGGGCUGCAGGCCGCACUGACAAGUUACAUCAUCAGGAGUCCUGUCCUAUUUAUUUGCAAUAACGUUGCCCUUUUCAACCUAAAAUUGGUCAAAUGAAAUGUUCAUCUCAUGAAAUCUUUUUUUUUUUUAAUAAUAGUUUAUAUUUUACAUUGAACAAUUUUGUUUAGGAAUUCUUUAAAUCAUAGCUAAAUUCUUUUUGUCAUGAGUAUAAAAAUCGUUUAGCAUUUUCGAACCUCAUCUACAAAUGACUUGCCCCAUCUGUCCAAUGUCGCCAUCAUACUUGGCCAGCCCUCAUUUCAAUGCCUUGUUGCCACGAUUCCUGUAAUGAAUUCAACCGCUAACGGAUCUGCCUCGUAUUGUGUGCUCCUGUUAAAUUGUGAGCGUAUUCCUACUUAUUUCAAAGGUCUUAUUGUUGCAAAUGAAUGUACGUCUUCGACAGUAUUAAAGCAGAAAGAAAAUAUGA